CGAAACUCGUCGGCAUCAAAAUGCACGUGCAAAGCCGUUGCAGAUCAUGUGGCACGACCCGUGGCGCAUGCGUCGACCCUAUGCACGCCAAGUCGCUAGCGUACCAAGAACGCGCUGCCCCAAGUUUCUUUGAGCGCAACGUCGAGGUGCAUCCACUACAACUCACGCGAGCCGGCUCCCACCUCGCCCUCUCUAUUACUUGCAUGCUCGAUUACCCCAUUGUUUCCGAUAUAUACGCUACGCGACGCAUUGACGAUAUUUUUAGGAGCGGCUGGCAGUCGAGAUGACGGAUUACAACAAACAGACUGUCGCGAAUUUGCGGCACCUGCUCAAGGAUAGAGCAAUCCCGAGUACAGGGCUUACAAGGAAGGCGCAGAUUAUUGAGAAGCUUGAGCAGUGGGAUAAUAGGGCGGAGAAUGCGCCGGCGGCGGAGAGCCAAGUGGUGAAGGAUGGAGCGCAGCCUCGCGAUGAAGAGGAGGUACAGCAGCAGGAAAAGCCAGGUGAAGGCGGGUCUGCCGUUGGAACUGGAGUGAAUGAAGGAUCGGAGGCUGACGUGAAUACAGAGCCGGUGACGUCGAAAUUGCCAGCAGCGGAACCUACACCUGCGCCAGAGCAAUCGGACGAUGCUCCUCCACCCACAGCACUUGCGCCAGACGCAACAAUGGCGGAACGAUCUACGGACAAGGCAGAAACGCCUGUAGAAGCCAGCGUGCCGCAGCCAACAGAAGAGGUCGCACCCGCAGCUCCAGCGCCAGAUGAGCAGCCCGUGCCUCAGGUGUCUGAGCCGACCCCCGAGCCCGCCGCCGAACCCACGCGCGCCGACCUCGAACCCGCAACAGGAGACGCAACAAUGCCUGACCGCACGCCGUCGCCGAGCCCGGACGAAAAGCAGUCCAUCGAAAAGCCAGACCUACUCCCUAUUCCCGAAGAGCGCUCGGCUACGACGACGGCGGAUCCCUCGCGGUUCAACUCGGAGGAAUUGGCGGCUGAGACGAGGAAAAGGAAGAGGAGGAGCUUGACGCCAGAUCUACCGAGCCAAGAUAUUAGGGCAAAGAAGGCUAGGCCGAGUGUGGAGGCACCAGAGGUGCAUUUGAAGGAGGAUGAGGAUGUGGUUAUGGAACAACGACGGCCUGAGGAUGAAGCAGAACAGGAGAAGGCCGAGGUUACUAAGGCAGAGGGCGCAAAUGGCGCGAGCAUGGGCGAAGUAAAGGAGCAAGAAGCUGAAGCGGCACCUGGAAAAGAAGCAGCUCCAACGGAUACCAAGUCUCCAGCUCCACAAGAACCAGAGAAACGCCCGGUACAUGAAAAGAAAGAAAAGGCGCCGCGGUACAGAGAACUCUUCCAGCCAGCCGCAGCCACGACUCCCACCGAAGCCAUCAUAGACGACCGUCCCAUAGUCCCCGCCCUCCACCCCGCGACUCCAGCCCUCUACAUUCGCAACUUCAUGCGCCCGCUCCGCCCGGAACCCCUCCGCACACACCUCGUCUCGCUCGCCUCCCCACCAUCCGGCUCUCCCGACCCCACGCUCGUAAAAGCCCUCUUCCUCGACGCCAUGAAGACCCAUGCGCUCGUCCUCCUCGCAAAUACGACGGCUGCGAGCCGUGUGCGCGCAAGCUUUCACGGGAGUAUCUGGCCACCUGAAGGCAACCGUAAGGAGCUCUGGGUAGACUUCAUCCCAGAGGACAGGGUCGAAGACUGGAUCAAGCAAGAAGAGGACGCGAUACGCGACGAAAAAGAAUCCCGCGCGGCCGGUCGCCCAAUCCCAGCAAAGAAAUUCGAAGUCGUGUAUCCCGAAGACGAAAAUGGCGGUAUCGAAGCAGUCUUCCAAGAAGUCGGCGCAUCAGCAAUCCCCUUCAACCCGCCCAAAGGCCCCCGCCUUACCACCACAUCCACACCCCAAUAUAAUGCCCCUCCAACCCAAUCCCUUCCUACGCCCACAACCUCCAAAGAAACGCGCCAGGACAUCGAAAAGUCCUUCAAAACCCUCGACGAGCUGUUUCUCAGCACAGCAACCAAGCCGAAAUUGUACUACCUCCCUGUCUCCGACAGCCGCGCCGACGACCGCCUCAAGGAAUUGAAUCUGGAGACUAGCAGGGAUUGGACGCCCGAGGAGAGGAGGAAGGGACGCGGUAUGCAGGGAAGUAGGCUGGAUCAGAAGGUUAGGUUCGGGUUCGACGAGGAGGAUAGGGUUGUGGAAGUUGGGGGCGACUUUGGGCCGUGGACGGAGGAGUUUAGUGGCGGACGAGGCGGUCGGGGAGGGUAUAGAGGCAGGGGUGGGUGGGGAGGACGAGGUGGUGGUGGAGGAUGGAGGAGUGGGAAUUAAUUCCCUAUGGAGAACUCCAAUUGAAGAAGGGGCGGAAUCCGCAUUCAGGACGGCGUUUGGAACGGAUCAGAAGGUUCUUUGGCUGGGUUGGAUACUUUCAUGCACCAAUCAGGUGCAGUAGGGUUAGAGCUUGACCCGCUAAUCUACUCGAUGUAGAUAUGCAGUUCCUUUCAAUAAAAAGCAUGAAUUUCCACC